AAUAAUAUAAGAUAUAAUAAUAUAAGUUCACUGUCUUAAUUUCAUCUCAUAUUUGAAAGGAGAAUUGACAUGACUAUUUUAAAAUUUUUAACAUCAACAUUGGCCUAAUAUUUAUCGCGAUUCUCUAUGAUAAAGGUUUACGCAAUGAUUCGGCGAUUAAUUAUCGUUUACCAGACAAUGUAGUUUCGAUUCACUACAAUAUUAAGCUAAUACUACAUAUUUUGGAAGGUAAUUUUACAAUAUCUGGAAGGUAUUUUUUUGAAGGAGAAAAUAAUGUUAACAUCAUAAUUCGCAAUGUAACGCAAAACUUCCAUUUACACGUAUUGGACUUGACAAUAAAUGAAACGGACACAUCGUUGUUUGAUACCAACGGUAUUAGCUAUACACCAGCAACGUAUAAUUGUAACAAUCUAACGCAAAUCUUAGUUCUUAAUUUCAACGAACUAUCACCUGGAAAUUACACAUCGAAAAUGCGAUGUCCACGAACCAAUUGAACGUGCUCGUGAGCCUGACGAUCGCCAUCACAUUUCUUGUGUCGGAAUCAAAAAACGCAAAAACAAACCCUGAAUUUAACCAGGAGCUCGACAUACCCCAGCAAUAUUGUGGCGAUAAACUUGCUGAUACUCUAAGCGAGGUCUGUCAUGGCGUGUACAAUAGCCCUUAUAUGCCUUAUACUAGUGAAGAUGAUAGUUCAGAUAAUAAUCCAGAUAAUAGUCUAGAUCUUGAUCUAGAUCUAGAUUUUGAAGAAGAAAUGAAAAAGGCCGGUUAUUUGUUUGAUUGCGACUCUUCCCAGCCCCGAGCACGGAAGAUAAAUAAAAAAUUCGCCGACAGGCAUUAUCGAAGGGAACAGCCAAAAAAAGGCAUCUUUGAGGAAUGCUGUGUCAACCCGUGCAAUUUAACCGUCCUGGGUACAUAUUGCGGGUAACUGCGGGUAACUCCCUAAGCGCUUGUCCGGAAAUCAGUAAUCCUUCGAACUCCGCUUUAACGUUCGAUCACCCUGCAACCGAAUAAUCCCACAGACACAAGUGCAUAUAUCCAUACAUACACACACACACACACACACAUUAUACACACACACAGACACACACAGCAAGACACACACACAUAUACAUUACAUAUGUACAAUACAUGUUUGGAAAGUUUACUAGUUGCAUCAUGACUCAGUCAAAUAUAUACAUAAUUAUCACAUUAUUAUGUAUAUAUUUACGUAAUUUUUUACGAAGAAACUGAUUCUCUUGACGUAUGAUCGUGUGCGAGAUUCUUUUGUUCGCGAUUUCCUUCCGAAAGACGAAAAGGUAGCGAAGAGAAAGCAAAACUUAAGAAAAUAAAAGAAAUGUAGUCUUAAA